AUGGCAAAAGCAUACACACAAGCUGAAUUUGACAGUCUGAUGGAGAAGGUGGAGAAGGUAGACAUUAGGGUGAAAGAAUACUUGGAGUUAGCUGGAUACGAAAAGUGGGCUAGGUUGUAUGCACCUGUUAACAGGGGAUGGAUAAUGACGUCAAAUAUUGUUGAGUCAAUCAAUGUCGCACUAGUGUCAGCAAGGGAAUUGCCAAUAUACGACUUCCUCGAAGAAGUUAGGAAGAUGUUUGGACGUUGGAAUUGUAGUAACCCCAAAGAAGCUACACAGACAUACACAACGCUUGGAAAAAAAUACCAGGAGAUGCUGACUUUGAAUGAGGCAAUGUCUACACGCAUGACUGUGGUACCAUCAACUGAAUACUUACAUACGGUUAACGAUGGAGGGAGGCAUUACACCGUCUGCCUGUUAGAGAGAAAAUGUGUAUGUGGGAGGUUCCAAGUUGAUGAAUUACCAUGCCCACAUGCUUGGGAUGUAUUGAAGAGCAAGUUUCUAAUGCCAGAAGAAUAUUGCUCUAACUAUUACAAACUAAAUUCUGUUGUAAUGACAUACGAUGUGCCUGUGUACCAGCUACCGGACAGAAAUGACUGGAAUAUACCAGCACAUGUUGCAGAGGAGGUUGUAUUACCACCCAAAUGGAAAAGACCUCCUGGACGGCCAAAAAAGAAGCGCGAUAAACCUUUAAGUGAAUUGCUGCAGCCGAAAAAUCAACAUUCAUAUAGCAUAUGUGGGCAGGGAGGACAUAACAAGCGAACGUGUAGAAAUGCUCCCCGUAGAAUUUCGUUAACACUCUGA